UUGGGGAGUGACAAGUGGUAGAGACAGUGGAAAGCCCGUAAUUACCCAUUCAGAAUAUACCAUCUGUCUCGAGCUCUGUGGCUCUGUCCCUAAGCCCCGCAGAGAGCAGAAAGAGCGGAGAUAUGUGGGUUUUAAGAGGUUAUCAAGAAAGAUCCCGAGACCUGAGGAACGCCUGCAUGGUCGACUGACUCAAUACCGCGUGGACGUCUCGGCUGCAUAAAAUAAACAGAUGAUUAAGGAUAAGCGUGGAGGUUUCCCGUGUCUCCGGGUUAUUCCUGUCUCCGGAGACUCGUCUGAGCAGGAAUAGAGAGACUUGGAGAGAAGCCGUUUGUGCUCCCGGGAUUUCCCUGAAAACCUCGCUCUCAGUGAAAGAGGUUGCAUAAGGGCACUUACUGACUGACAGCCGCAACGAUGAUUUAAAAACACACCAACCUAACAACAUCACACACACACCCCCGUUGGCUCACGAGGAGGAAGAUACAACACAUUGGCCCCGCCCCCUUCACACUGUCUUUGGACAAAAAAAAAAAAAAACAGCCGCUUAGUCACGAUAGGACGAGGAGAUGCGUUGUCCGAUGAUGUUGACCCUGCAGGCGGUGUGUGUGUGUGUGAGUGUGUGUGUGGCCAUGCAGCAAUACCCAGCUGCCUGGGGCCACUAUGACGUGUGUAAGAGUCAGAUCUACACCGAAGAAGGGUUAACGUGGGACUACAUGGCCUGUCAACCAGAAGCUACAGUCCUGACCAAGUACCUGACCGUCAGCCUGGACCCGCCCAAUAUCACCUGUGGAGACCCACCUGAGACAUACUGCACACUGGAAAACCCUUACAUGUGCAACAACGAGUGUGACGCCUCCACAGAUGAACUAGCCCACCCUUCGGAGCUCAUGUUCGAUUUCGAGGGCCGCAACCCAACAACCUUCUGGCAGUCCAGUUCCUGGAAGAAGUACCCCAAACCCCUGGAGGUCAACAUCACGCUGUCCUGGAACAAAACUAUCGAGCUGACGGACGACAUCGUCCUCACCUUCGAGUCCGGCCGCCCUGAGCAGAUGCUUCUGGAGAAAUCGCUAGACUACGGCAAAACCUGGACCCCUUACCAGUUUUACGCUACCGACUGCCUCGACGCAUUUACCAUGGACCCCAAGACGGUCAACGAGCUGACCCAGCGAACCCUCCUCGACAUCAUCUGCACCGAGGACUACUCCCGUGGCUACGUGUGGAAGUACGAUAAAACAGUCCGCUUCGAGAUCAAGGACCGGUUUGCGCUGUUCGCCGGGCUGCAGCUGUACAACAUGGCGUCGCUCUACGGUCAACUGGACACCACCAGGAACCUACGGGACUUCUUCACUGUGACGGACCUGAGGAUACGGCUGCUGAAACCGGCCACCGGGUCCACCAUGGUAGAUGAAAACAACUUGUCCCGAUACUUCUACGCCAUCUCUGACAUCAAGGUGCAGGGAAGGUGUAAGUGUAACCUGCACUCCAACAGCUGUGUGUUUGACAAGGACAAGGGGAAGCUGGGGUGUGAGUGUGAACACAACACAACAGGACCAGACUGCGGCCGCUGUAAGAGACACUACCACGGACGACCCUGGAGCGUCGGGUCCUACCUGCCCAUUCCCAAAGGAACUGCUAACAUCUGUAUCCAUAGCAGUCAUGGACCAGUGCAUCGAGCUAAUGCUUCAUCUCUGGGUGUUGCAAACCGUAAUCAAGCUCAUGUGUGUGACAACGCCAUGCUUCUCUGUCAGAACGGGGGAACGUGUCACCUCCACCACCAGCGGUGCAACUGUGCUACAGGCUUCACUGGCAUCCUUUGUGAGAGAGAACGAUGCCAGGGUCCUGGGCCCUGUGAGGAGUACCCCACGUCUGGGCAACCAUCCCUCCAUCACCCCCCCCUCUUCCACUACCUCUACCCUCUCCUGCUGGGCCCCCCAGGUCUGCUCCUCCUCCCCCUGGUGAUAGGGUUCUGUAUACAAUCGCUGUAUUCAUUACAAUUGGCCAGGGAACUUUGAACUUGGAAAGAUCUACUUGGCCUUAUUGCGUUUUGAUUGGACAGGAGAAAGACAUCUCUAACCACAUGUCUUGGGACAGCAGAGUCAUCUUGGGGAAAGGAAAAGGAACUUCAGCACCUAAAGUACCAAGAUGGGACCAUCCAGAGACACUGACCGAGAUACAAAAUGCCAUCAUGACUGAAAUGAGGUAGAAGUGCAAGUGUUUGCUGAUGAACUAGAUGAUUAACGAAGAUAUGUUUUUGGCCAGAGACAGACGGACGGACGGACAGACAGACAGACAGACAGACGGACGGACGGACGGACGGACGGACGGACGGACAGAGAAAAAAAACACAUCUGAUUUACAGUCAAAUCUAUAAUCGCACAAUGUCUAUGUCUCAAAUGGUACCCUCUUCCCUAUAUAGUGCACUACUUUUGGCUAGAGCCCAUGAGGAAUAGGCUGCCAUUUAUGUAGACAACAAUGUGUGUGACCUAGAAACACUGUUCGAAAUGUUGUCAUUCAUUGGGGACAGACUCGUCAUCUUCACAGAUGUUAUCCCACUUCAUGUGGAUCAUUGGGGACAGACUCAUCAUCUUCACAGAUGUUAUCCCACUUCAUGCAUAUCAUUGGAGACAGUCUCAUCAUCUUCACAGAUGUUAUCCCACUUCAUGCGGAUCAUUGGAGACAGUCUCAUCAUCUUCACAGAUGUUAUCCCACUUCAUGCGGAUCAUUGGAGACAGACUAGUCAUCUUCACAGAUGUUAUCCCACUUCAUGUGGAUCAUUGGGGACAGACUCAUCAUCUUCACACAUGUUAUCCCACUUCAUGCAGAUCAUUGGAGACAGACUAGUCAUCUUCACAGAUGUUAUCCCACUUCAUGCGGAUCAUUGGAGACAGUCUCAUCAUCUUCACAGAUGUUAUCCCACUUCAUGCGGAUCAUUGGAGACAGUCUCAUCAUCUUCACAGAUGUUAUCCCACUUCAUGCGGAUCAUUGGCGACAGAUGGUUAUCCCAACCAAACAGCGUGACAUUGUACAAAACAAACAAGGAAUAAUCAUUUGAACUCUGGAUCUGUUGUCUGACUACAAAGUGGACGAGGAGACGAGGAGAUGUCCAUUAUUUUGCUCCCUUCACCUUUUUCCUACCUCCUUGUUACCUUACCUUACUUCCUUCCCUCAAAUAUAUUCCACCUACUUGUGCUUUGGUGACGCUUGUUGGCUGCUGAGAAAAAGAUUUUAAAAAGAAAGAAAGAAAAAGAAACAAAAUUCUGCACACGUGUUACGAUCCAAGCCAGUGCCUUGACUACCGGUCGACUGUGAGAAGAAUACUACUCUUGUUCUUUUUUUUGUCGGAGGAGGAGGAGGAGUAGGCUUCGUAGUCAUGGCAACGCUUGCUGAGAUCACACGUAUUGGAUAAAAUUAUGUAUCAUAUUGUAUUGUAGCUGUAUUACAUUUUUUUGGGUACAAAACAAAAUAUAUUUUUUGUGACUUUAAGUUAAGGAAAAAGAUGUCUUACUUUUAGUUUUUAUAUAAUUUCCUUCCUGCUUAGGGUGGCAGGGCAACUCCUGAGGAUGUCUAUGACUCACGUAUGCCUGUAUACAUGUUUUUACCUGCUGACACCUCAAUGAAUCUCUUUGAAAGACACACGCAAACACAAUACACGUACAAAAAAAGAGAAAUCCAGUGUUUUUGUUAUUGCUUUAGAGAAGAACAGAUCAUCCAAGAUCUCUUAUUGCAGGGCAGCCCAAACCUCUUCCUGGAGAUCUACUGUCCUGUAGGUUAUCAGUCCCAACCCUCUUCCUGGAGAUCCACUGUCCUGUAGGUUAUCAGUCCUACCCUCUUCCUGGAGAUCUACUGUCCUGUAGGUUAUCA